AUGUAAAUAUUAGAUUACAGAUUGAUAACCAAGAAGGGAGAAGGCACUUUUUCAGAGGUUCUAAAAGCUUAAUCAAUAAAAACUAGUUAAUUGGUUGCAAUAAAAUGCAUGAAACAAUAUUGUAUUUUAAUUCUAAUAUUGGUUAACAAACUCAAAGAAAUUCAAGCUUUAAGAAAGUUAUAAAAUCAUGAACACAUUAUUAAAUUAAUCGAAGUAUUAUAUGAUGAACCUACUGGAAGAUUGGCAUUGGUUUUCGAAUUGAUGGAACAAAAUCUGUAUGAACAUAUUAAAGGUAGAAAAAUACUAUUAAAAUAAGAGAAGAUUAGGAGUUAUACAUAUCAAUUGCUCAAAGCCAUUGAUUUUAUACACUCGAAUAAUAUUUUUCACAGAGAUAUUAAACCUGAAAAUAUUUUGUUGCUUGGAGAUCAUCUUAAAUUGGCUGAUUUGGGUUCGUGUAAAGGAAUCUACUCCAAACAUCCAUAUACAGAAUAUAUCUCAACCAGAUGGUAUAGAUCACCAGAAUGCUUAAUGACUGAUGGUUAUUAUGACAGUAAAAUGGAUAUUUGGGGUGCUGGUUGUGUCUUAUUCGAGAUCACAGCCUUAUUUCCUUUGUUUCCUGGAAGUAACGAAUUAGAUUAAGUCCAUCGAAUACACAAUAUUUUGGGAACACCCAAUACAAAGGUUCUUGAUAGAUUCAGGAAGCAUGCAACUCAUAUGGAAAUCAAUUUUCCUUAUAAAGUUGGAACUGGAUUAGAGAAUUUGAUUCCACAUGCUCCUAAAGAUCUUGUUGAUUUAAUUAAAUAGAUGUUAGUGUAUGAUCCAGAAGAACGUAUCAAUGCAAAACAAGCACUUAGGCAUCCCUACUUUAAAGAAUUAAGAGAUCAAGAAUAGUAAAAAUUAUUAGAAACCAGUUUAUAAUCAAUUAAACUUUUAAAAAAAAACGAUGAUUCCCUGACAGAAGAAGAGUAAAAUACUUCCCAUAUAUUGCAUAAAAAGACAUUAUUCAAUUAAACGAAUAAAAUCCUAUAAAAUUCAUUUAAGAAUAAGAAUAUACACCUUUUGGAUUCAGUGAAAUUGCCAACAUUAACUAAAAAACAAGCAGACUUAAAAAAAGCAUAUGGUCCAACUAACUUUUAGACUACAAAGAAAAAAUCUAUCUAAUAUGAAUACAUAUUAUAUGGGAAAAAGGCAAACUUAGGUAAUUUUCUAAAUACUCUCAGACAUAAAUGA